AUGAAUACCAUCGGCUCUUCAACUCCCGGUGAAAAUAACGACGUGGACAUUAGUGUUGCCGCAGCACUUCCAAAAGGAUCGCGCGUGCUAUCUGUAACUCGCCAUGGCACGAGUUUCUGGAAUUACACUGGAAGAAUCGAGGUCGAGCGAGGCGACAGGCAGCUAGAAUCAUUCUUCAUCAAGGUGAUAUCCCACAACCGCGGACAUCACAUGGUGCAGGGAGAGUACGAGUCAAUGAAAGCGAUCCACGCGGUCUGUGCAGAGUUUGCCCCUAAACCCAUAGCUUGGGGCACAUACAUCGACACGCCAGGAACGCAUUUCUUCCUCGCUGAAUACAGAGACAUGAACGGUGACAUGCCUCGGCCAGAGGAAAUGGGAUUAUGUCUGGCGUCAUUGCAUGAAGAGAGCACGUCUCCGAAUGGAAAAUUCGGGUUCCAUAUUCCAACAUACACCGGGCAUUUGCCACAGACUAACAACUGGGAGGAAAGCUGGGAAGUAUUCUUCGCGAGGAAUAUGAGACAGGCGUUGGAUUGCGAGAUCCAGGCCAAGGGGUUUAAUCUAGAGUUUGACAACUUAGUACCGGUCUUGUUUGAUGUGGUUAUCCCGCGUCUGCUUCGCCCUCUCGAGACGAAUGGGCGGAGUGUAAAGCCGUGCUUGGUGCACGGCGAUCUUUGGUAUGGGAAUUCGGGGAUAGAUUCCAGGACGAACAGCCCUGUUAUAUUUGAUGCUUGCUCUUUUUACGCACAUAAUGAGUACGAGUUUGGUCAAUGGAGACCAGUAUGCAAUCGAUUUGGACCGGAAUAUAUUAAAGCGUAUCACGCCCAUUGCAAGAUUUCCGAGCCAAUAGAAGACUAUGACGGUCGUCUCGAUCUUUAUAAAUUGAGGUUUAACACCCAGGUAUCUGCUUUAUUUCCAGAGAAUCAGGGCCUAAGAGAGCAAAUGCUUGGUGACAUGAGAGAUUUGGCUCGGCGGUAUGGCUAG